AAUGUAAGCGGCUAGACGAGAUACCUCGAAAGACUGAAAAUAUCAUUAGGCGGGCAACGGACGAAUCAACGGAUAAUUCCUUUAGGAUUUCUCCUUCUCUGCUAGCUCCACCCACCUGAGAAAUCACCAGAUAAGCCGGCGGCGGUGGAGAUUGGAAUCACCUCAACGAAUCUUCACCAGUCUGAAGACAGCUCCUAAUUUUGAGAAAUUUGUAUGGAGAGCUAGGGUUUCGAUUCGGCUAAUUGAAAAGGAGUCCUGUUCUCUUCUUUCGCGCAGACACAGAAAUGAGCACUUCAGUGAUUCUCCGCGGUGAUUGUAGUCCAUUGCUGCUCUACUCGCCGGCGAUUUGCAGCUCUUGUUUUUGCGACCUUCGCUCCCCGCCAUCCUCCGCAACAUUCGUCGCUUCUUGCCGCCGGCUGAAACGGUAUCGGGCGAGAGAUUUGAAGCUUUGCCUGGCUCCAAAGCUCUAUGAGACAAGAAGGAUAGUUUGUAGAGCGACGGAGACGCAGAUUGAACCUGAGAACAAUGACGAUAAGGAAAAUGAUGCACCUGCAGGAAGCGAGGGAGAGGAAUCGGAAGUCGAUUCACCGGCUGAACAAGUUCCCCAGCCUGAUUCUCAGCCUAUAAUGCUGAAUCAAAUCAACAAUGUCAAUGGGGAAGCCAAAGCUGAAGGUGGAACCGUGGAGGUUGAGGAUGUGCAAGUUACUUCAGGGUCCCCUCUCCCAGGCUUGAAGCUAGAUGAGUCAUUCAGGAUUCCAAAGGAAACGGUUGACAUACUUAAGGAUCAAGUGUUUGGGUUUGACACUUUCUUUGUCACAAGUCAGGAGCCCUAUGAGAAUCUUUUGAUUUUUAUUUUACAGGGCGGAGUCUUGUUUAAGGGAAACCUGCGUGGGCAAGCUGCUAAAAGCUGGGAUAAGUUAACAAAGAGACUGCACACCAAAUUUGGCAAUGAGUAUAAACUUUUCCUUCUCAUUAAUCCGGAGGAUGAUAAACCAAUUGCAGUAGUAGUUCCAAGAAAGACACUGCAACCAGAGACAACAGCGGUACCUGAAUGGUUUGCAGCAGGCGCUUUUGGAAUAGUCACAGUUUUUACCCUGCUUCUUAGAAAUGUACCUCAACUGCAGUCCAACUUACUAUCAACUGUUGACAACCCCGAGUUGUUGUACAAUGGCCUUCCUGGAGCCCUUGUCACUGCACUUAUUCUCGGGGUACAUGAGUUGGGCCACAUAAUCGUUGCUAAAGACGCUGGGAUUAUGCUUGGGGUUCCAUACUUUGUCCCAAGUUGGCAGAUAGGCUCCUUUGGUGCUAUCACAAGAAUAAGGAACAUUGUCUCCAAACGCCAAGACCUUCUCAAGGUUGCAGCUGCAGGCCCUUUAGCCGGCUUCUCCUUGGGUUUUGUCCUUCUUCUUCUGGGAUUCUUCUUACCGCCCAGCGAUGGAAUCGGCACCAUUGUGGACCCUACUGUUUUUCAUGAAUCAUUUCUUGUUGGCAGUCUUGCUAAACUGCUCCUAGGAGAUGCACUGAAGGAGGGUAGUCCGAUAUCUAUCAAUCCGCUAGUGAUAUGGGCAUGGGCUGGACUUCUAAUAAAUGCCAUCAAUAGCAUCCCUGCAGGAGAGCUUGAUGGAGGAAGAAUAUCUUUUGCCAUAUGGGGAAGGAAGGUACAAAGUAAAGAAGAAGAGACAACCUCGUCUCGCUUCACAGCUGCCUCGAUCAUCCUUCUCGGGUUAUCUUCACUGUUUAACGACAUUGCCUUCUUCUGGGUCGUUCUGAUAUUCUUCUUGCAGAGAGGUCCAAUCGCCCCAAUCUCGGAAGAGAUCACCGAUCCCGACGACAAAUACAUUUACCUCGGAGUAUUAGUUCUGGUGCUGGGGCUGUUGGUAUGCCUGCCAUACCCAAUCCCUUUUAGAGAAGACGUCAUGACGAGUUUCUUGUGAGGUGGGUAGUGGCAUUGUUAGUUUGUUACUCAAAUCCCCCAAAAGGUACGAUGGAUCUCUCUUACUUACUGCCAUUGUCGUGUACAUGGACCGCAGUUGUGUAAUCCGAGAACUCUUUUUUUGUUUUGUCAAAGAUAUUCCGAAUCCAAUUGAUAGAUAUGAAGAUAGUUAUAAUGAAAUGAAAUGAUCAAACUAUCAAAUAAGAGACUUUUUUAUGGUACAAAA